CGCAAUCAAUAUCAAAGUAGAUAUUGAUUUACUUCUUGGUUAACCUCUUUCCUUGGAAACUUACUGUUAUUUAAUGCUUCUAGUACAUGCACAGAUGUUUCACCCACUUGCAUGCGCGUCUUGGCAAUUUCAGGUCUCGGAACGAAGAAGUUUAGCGCGUCAUGGAAGAUUAUAUUCUUUGCAUCGGCCGUAACGGUAAUGGGUGGUUCAGCACUCGGGCUCUAUUCAAUGAUCGGAACGCUUGCUAGUCCAUUCGACAUCAUCAUCUUUAGCUACCUGCUUCUCUUUGGGGCAGUGAUGAUGAUCCUGGACAUGCCGGUAAGACUUGAUCCGACAUUAAGAAGUACUUUCUUUAAUUUGUUUUUUGAAGUUGAAGCUUGCUUACAUCGGUUAAGUAGAAUAAGGAUUCUGCCUCUCCAUCCACAUCUAUUUUCUCAUAGUGAAAUGUUGAAUAAUUCACACCAGUACUCACAUCCGCGAUUAUCCGAAUACCGCGUUAUCAUCUACAAAGCAUGUCUUUUUCUGACGCGGUUCAUCGGAAGGGGCGUAUUCUACCUCUUUCUGGGGUGCAUGGUUUGCGGAAACCUGUGGGAUAAUAACAGUUUGCCAUUCCUUGGUACCAACGUGUUUAGACAUAUAUUUUCUUAUGCAUUUUUAUACAUUCUCCUCCAGUGACGGUCGUGCUGAUCGAGGAGAGCAUUGAGUUUGAAACUUUUCUUGUUGGUAGAUCUCUACAACUUGCAUCACAGCGGAUCGAGUUUAUCGUUAUCUCGUGCAGCACCUCGUCCUCCGCACCUCAUCAAAUUCUAAUCAUACAGGUUUUAUUAUCUUCGGAUUUCUAUCAGCAGUCGGGGUAUGCGCCAUAUAUUACGGUGUUAGACUCACAAAGAAACUCGAUACGGUACGAGGAAUUAAUACAUCUCUUUUGCAUACUUAGAAUCCGCAACAAAAACAAAACCUAACUAGUUGCCGUCGUGUCAGUCACACAGAUCGAUAAACAGCGACAGCACAAAAAAUAGUGAAAUCUUCCAACCUUAUUCACCGCGCCUUCAUGUCAUCAUCUUCUCGUCCACCCAGGUGCGCAAAGCUCUGCUGAAUCGUGGAGGGCCGACACCAAGUAUUUGCCCACCUCAGGGAAUGCCAAUUGCGAAAUUCGGUGAGCUGGCUUUGAAAAUUCAAGGAAUCGCUUUCACAAACGAAGAACUGGGAUACAUUGCGAAUGCAUUGUAAAAAUAAUUACGUUUCGAUUAGGAAUUUUAGAAGUCGAUACAACCAUUACAGUAUGUUCCUUCGUACAUGUGAAGUGCUGAUUGCGGUUGGCUUCGCAAAGUGAAUAUUUUGAACACGUUGCAUCAGUAAGAAAGGAUGGCGAACGCGAAGAGGAAGACCGAUAUGUAAGAUAACUACGUUGAGUUUGUGCAUGCAUGCUACAAACUCUAGAGUUAUUAUUGCAAAGUGCAAAGGUCGUGACGUUAAAAUUAAUCAGGUCUCAGUCAAUCCACGCAGAUGACGUCAUCACGCAAGCAGAGUUUGAAUUCUGGUUGAAGAACCCGACGCCGGUGCUGAUCUAAGCCUGCAUCCACCAGAAUGUGAACGACUUAGCCUGCAAAAUAGAAAACUGUAUAAUUCAUUUCGUAGUCGAAGAUGUAGUUAGCUAACACGUGCUUAAUGAACUGCAUCACUUUAAUUAAACACACCAGGGAAAAGUACUGUCGUACUUCGGAAAAGUAAUUGAUACCGGAAGAUAAAUCAAAUGCCGCAUAUAUUCAAACGUUUUUUGGAAAUGAUUUCGAGGUAUUGCUUCGAUACUAGACUGACUACCAUAGAAUCCAAAGUGAAACUACACAACAAAGAACUGGCGCUUAUACUCACCACUAUAAUCGGUCUUCUUCCUUGCUGACUACUGGUAAUAUGCGAAUCUGAAUCAAAAGCAUAGGACUGACUACCUCAUACAUAGGACUGAAUGAAAACCCUUGUCCCGUUUAUUUUGUCCCGGAGUCAAGGUCGCCUUCUGUCCAAAUAGGACUAGAAGCAGGGUAUUGGAUUUACUGAAAGGCAUGUUAAACCGAUCCUGAUGUACAAAUCUAUUGUGACGAGUUUGUACAAGGCUGCAAAAAGCAGGGUGUGCUCAAAUGAAGAAUUAGAUGGGGGCUGCGAGGACUGAACAUCAUGUUACAUCAAGGAGGAUGAUAAAGACUCGUCCAAGCGUACUGGUGUUUGUGCUCCUCUUCGACAUCGAGAAUAUGUAGCAGAAGCAGACUUUAUUCUGUAAGAAGGACAGCAGCACUUAAAAAUGGAUCCGCCCUCCUCUUGGCCACGCAACGCUUCUGCAGAAUUGAUGGACUGACUAUAACACUACUUUUACCGCGUGGGCGUCUCCGGCCUGCCUCCUGCCUGUAGUGACUUCAACACAUUUUCCAUGAGCAGACACGACGGACUUCUGAUAGAUAAGAAGGUCAAAGUACAUUCUUUUUUGGACGGCUAAGUGAAUUCAUCGACAACUACACAGAAUCUAAAUGAUUUCGUCAUCGUCUGUUCGGUCCCAUUCAUUCCUGGGACCCCUGUGAAAUGAGAAUUGAUUGUCUUCGGGUUGAAGUGGAUGAAGCAAAAAAUCAUUUGAGCACGCACCGAGAUGGGCUUUAUUAACGACCUUGUACAUUGAAUUGCAGCAAAUUUGGUUAUGAAACGAUUCGGGAAAGAACAAGCUUGAAUCGAUUUCAAACAACGAAAUGAGAAAUAUUUCCGAUGAAGAAAUGAUGCGCGCGCAGGA